AUCUCAGCGAAGAAACGAGACGACUCCGGCAUUCUUUUAGCUUGGGGUAUUCUUUGUGCUGAGCAUAUGGCUUCGUUUGAAUGGAUUCUGGUCGUCAUUCUUGGUAUUUUAGCCGACGUUAAUCAGUGUCGGGCGUCCACGAGCCAAUCUCUAAUAACUGCUGCUCCUACUAACUUAACAAGUGGAAAAUCUGCUGGUCCUUGUUCGUCCGUUACUUACGCAUAUACCUCAGAAUGCCAAACCGAUAGAGAAAAUUACCUUCGACAAACCAGAACUACUUACCAGCUCUCCUCUUCCCCCCUUGGCCUAUUCCCAGUCAUUAGCCUUUCRUCCAAUGAGUUGACGGCUCUUCUAAGCAGUGACCCCCUGAAUGGCCAUUGGAUGAAACUCUACAAGGAAACUAUUUUCAGGAAUCUCAAGCUUUCUUAUGGUUUCAUUAUGGCGUAUCACGAUACCGAGUUUACGACUUUGGAACAUUAUAAUGCUUUGUUUAACUUCUUUGUUGACUCUCAGCACAUGGAUGUGUUACCUGAAGAUCAGAAAUACUUCAAAUUCCACUUCAAAGAUCCCAGCAUACCUUUCAAGAAGCUUUCAAGUCUGUGCAAAUGGAAGGAAGACAAGUACUUCACAGAACAAAGACUUGCUGGAAUCAAUCCCAUGUCAAUACAAAGAGUUACAUACAAUUCUAUUGGUGUUCACGCUAACAACCUGUUAACAAGACUCAACACUAAAACAAAUUGGGAUGCUCUGACAUAUGACGCCAUUGGAUAUAGUCGCUUCCAAGAUGCAAUAGCCAAUGGAUACGUCUACAUCCUGCAAUACCCAGAAUACGACGGAUUAAAGACCAGACCAGAGCCUACUUCUUCUACAAGGCAAAUCCUCAAUGCAACCUCGCCAAUAACGAUCUUCUUUUCCAAACGAAGCAGGAUCCAAGGAAAACCGAAUGAACUCAUCCCUGUUGCAAUUCAGAUGGGCCAUACUGCAGAUUCUCCCGUUGUGACACCCGACAACCCUGAUGCCUGGCUGGCAGCUAAACUGACCGUCCAGUCAGUAGACUUUGCCUAUGGACAAACCGUUGAACAUCUAUUAAAAACCCAUUUGUUUAUGGAGCCAAUCUGCGUGUGCCUUUACCGUCAGCUCCACAAACUUCACCCUCUCCAUCAAAUCCUCAAAUACCAUUGCCGAGGUAUUUUGGGGACCAAUAAGUUUGGCUUUCCAUAUCUUGUUCAUUCCAUGAAUGGUACUAUGGAGAAGCUGUAUACUGUUGGAUAUAAUGGAGCGCAGGCCAUGUUACUGAAGGCGAUGAGUAAAGUUAAGUGGGAAAUCACAGAUUUCAAAAAGAAUAUCAAGGAUCGAGGCAUGGAUGAUACCAAAAAGAUCCCUUAUUACCCAUACCGUGACGAUGGUUAUCUCAUUUACGACGCUAUUGAAGCUGUAGCAAAUGAAUACAUCGAUCUGUACUACAAGACUGAUUACGACGUUUAUCAUGACAAAGAACUUCAAACCUUCGCAAACGAAGUUUCAUCGAAUGGUCAAACAACAAACGGAAUGAACGGGAAAAUUGUGGGUUUCCCAUAUUCUAUACGUUACAAGUUUGAACUCAAAGACAUACUAACUCGCCUUAUAUGGAUGACUAGUGCCCAGCACAGCGCGGUCAACUACCCGAGCAACUAUUACGCAGCGUACACACCCAACAUGCCAAGCAAGCUUUAUUCUGAUUCAAGAGUCAUGCCUGGAGAUUUUGAUGUGGCGAAUCUUCCCGGGAUGUACUACGCAACAAUCCAAACGACCAUUACCAUGACGCUCACCGCAAUGCACUUUGAUAGCCUCUUUGACUAUGGCAACGACCUUGUGGACCCCAGCGCACGUGAUAUCCUCUACAGACACUCAGGGAGUAUCAAUGGGAACAUCAAAUCGGUGAUCGAAUCUCGUAACUUGAAUCGACUGGACGAUGGUCAUUUACCAUAUCCCUACUUGCUACCUGGUUGGAUAUCUAACAGUAUACAUACUUGAAGUAUGGUAUACAUACUGCAAUCAUUCGAUGGCUAGUACACUUGGCAAGAUGCAUGCUUACUAAUAGUGUUUUCAUAUUUGAACGAUAAUUAUACUCUAUCCAUUAAUUCUUGAUUUUUACGAUCUCGUAUUAAUAAAUAUACAUAUACAUAUAUAUAUAUUAACUUGUUCACUCACAAACGUAUGGGAAUAAAAUAUAUAUCAAAAAAAC